CUUGUUAUUCCGACAGCCGCUAAAUUCCUGCCAGGCAUUGAGUUUCUCAAAACUGGUCGGUAAAAUGACGCCCAAGGUACACAAGAUGAAUAAUUAGAAAAAAAAAGGCUCGACGAGGGCCUUGAAAUCUUCGAGGAAGUGAAUUUUAUCGGAUAACAAAAAUUAAUUUCAGCCAACCAGACUGGAGAAGUAGUUAUUUGUUCGUUCGCGUAAUGCAGAUUUUCGAUAUUAUCAUCGGUUUCUCUUAUGUAACGUGCGUAGGCUGUCGCUGGACGGUUGCGUACAGACGUACUCGUCGUUGAGAUUGGGAUUUCCAAGUGAAAGUUAUCCCGGUCUUCGGCCCUAGCAUUAUAUUUCAUGGCCAAAUAACAAUUAUGAAUAAAUCAGUUGAUACACCGGUGGAUACGUGAGUGUGCGUUUCUUCUUCAAGGCGUCGAAAAAAUCGUUUGUCACCGUGCGCGGCGAUUCGAAUGAAAAUAAAGAGAUCCCUCGCUCCGAUUUAUAGAUUGUAAAAAGAUGAAAAUAUUUCAUGGAAUCGUUUAGGAAAUUCACCCCGAGGUGUUCGUCGUAACGAGUACUAUUUGAAAAUUGGAAACUCCCACUUAUUUCGGUGCUGGACUGCAAGCGCUUUAUAAAUCCUCCGAAUUGUUGUCAACGGUCAGUUUCCAAAUACGAUUGCGUCGCGAUGAAAGUAGCUCUGAUUUUUUUCUGCAUUCUCGUCGCCGUUGCGACUGCGGCUCCGUCGCGGUUCCGUAAUCGUCGAGGAGCGGCAUCGCUCGCCGAAAGUGAAGCCGAUAAUCGAAGCGUUGGGUUCGAUACGCCGCUGGGUAAGCUCGGUGUUUACGGUUCCUCGUCGAGUGCCAGGGCGAAGGCGGUAGCGGUCGACGAUCCCCACGGGGACUUGAGCCAAACAGGAUUUAAACGGGAACGUAAACUUCCUCACCCGAUCCUGAACCCCAUCGGAACGGCGUACGAACUGGCGAGCCGAGUCGCCGGUUAGGAUCGGCGGCACACCGCAUAUUCUGGAACAAGAUUUUCUUUAUUUGUUUUACCGUUAUCUAAGUACCUAUUGAUUUUUCAUCUCGUGUUUCAUAGUUUGACAUCUGAUCCGAGUUUCAUUUUGGAGAGAAUCAAGACUGUCGAUCGAUAAAUAAAAAUUCUGUAA